AUGAACGGCUUGAACGGUCAUAGUAACGGCGACAUGAACGGCGCCGGGGACAUCAUCACACAGAACCAGCAGCGGGGCUGGUGGACCAUAGGACUCAUCAACUCGCGGUACAAGUACCUCACCGCGGAGACCUUCGGCUUCAAGAUCAACGCCAACGGGACCAGCCUCAAGAAGAAACAGAUCUGGACGCUGGAGCCCGCUCCCGGGAAGGCCGAUGACAGUAUGAUAUAUUUGAGGUCUCACUUGGACAAGUACCUCGCCGUGGACUCCUUCGGCAACGUGACCUGCGAGUCUGAUGAGAAGGAGGCUGGCAGCAAGUUCCAGAUAAGUGUGUCGGAGGACGGGUCUGGGCGUUGGGCUCUCAAGAACGUGGAGCGAGGAUACUACCUGGGGUCCAGCUCCGACAAGCUGACCUGCACCGCCAAGGUCCCUGGAGACGCUGAACUAUGGCACGUGCAUCUGGCGGCCAGGCCACAGAUGAAUCUCCGCUCCAUCGGCCGCAAGCGGUUCGCCCACCUCUCGGAGUCUCUGGAUGAGAUCCACGUGGACGCGAACGUGCCGUGGGGCGAGGACACGCUGUUCACGUUGGAGUUCAGAAGUGACGAGGGAGGGAAGUACGCGCUGCAUACCUGCAACAACAAGUACCUCAGCGCGCCCGGGAAGUUGUUGGACACCUGUACGCCGGAGUGUCUGUUCAGCGCGGAGUACCACGCGGGAGCCCUAGCGCUCCGUGACGCGGCGGGCGCCUACCUCGCGCCCAUCGGCUCCAAGGCGGUGUUGAAGACUCGCUCCACGGCCGCCACCAGGGACGAGCUGUUCUCUCUGGAGGACAGCCUGCCGCAGGCCGCCUUCGUGGCCGCGCUCAACGACAAGCACGUGUCUGUCAAACAAGGCGUGGACGUGACAGCCAACCAGGACGAGAUCUCUUCCCACGAGACGUUCCAGCUGGAGUUCGACUGGGGCACGAGGCGCUGGUACAUACGGACCAUGCAGGACCGGUACUGGACGCUGGAGACGGGCGGCGGCGUGCAGGCCAGCGGGGACAACAAGUCGUCCAACGCGUUGUUCGAGUUGUCGUGGCAGGGUGACGGCGCGGUCUCGUUCCGCGCCAACAACGGCAAGUACGUGCUGACCAAACGAUCCGGACACUUGUACGCCAGCGCCGACACUGUGGACGACAACUGCAAGUACUACUUCUAUCUGAUCAACAGACCGAUCCUGGUGCUGAAGUGCGAGCAAGGGUUCGUGGGUCCGAAGGGCGUGCGUCUGGAGUGUAACAAGGCCAACUACGAGACUAUACAGGUCAUACGCGGACCUAAAGGAGCCGUGUACUUCAAGGGUCAGAACGGCAAGUACUGGCACGCGGACAGCGAGUCUGUGAGCUGCGACAGCGACUCCCCGCAGACCUUCUACCUGGAGCUGCGCGAGCCGACCCGCCUGGCCAUCCGCUCGGGCUGCGGACACUACCUGGCCGCCGCCAAGAACGGGAACUUCCGCCUGGCCGGGCCCGAGCUGGCCACCGCCACGCACUGGGAGUACUAG